GGCCAUGAAUUUUAGGUAAGAUUCUUGUUGUCGAUCAGCUACAUCUGAGACUCUUUCUCUCUCUCUCUCUCUCUCUCUCUCUCUCUCUCUCUCUCUCUCUCUCUCUCUCUCUCUCUCUCUCUCUCUGUUUUCGAUCACCUUCCAUUCCUCGGGCACUGGGUCAGGCAUCGGAAACACAAGGCAAAACUUGUUGGCACUGCACCCAAUUUCCUCGUUGUUUCGGUGAUCCAACAUUUUCACCAUUCUCUUCAUUCUACAUCCGAAAAAUAUCCUCACUAAGGGUUUCUCUCGGGAUUGAUCUAAUCUCAGGCACUAGUUACCUAAUCUUUGUGUUUCUCAUCACUGAAAGCUUAGAUAUUUUGUAUGGUUUUGAAAGAUUUCGUGCUUCGGGAUUUAGUGUUGAGCUUUAUUAUUAAACGAAUGACAUGGCUUGGACUGCUCUCAAAGGUUCUCCUAGAGCAUCUUCUCAUCCAAGGCCGCUUUCUUGGAUUGUAGUUAUAGUAGGAGCAUUGGCUGUUUUCUUAUUUUGUGCUUCCUGGGUUCUUGUAUCAUCCCCAAUUGGUUCCAGGGUUCAGGGUUAUUUUUAUAGUGUAAGUAGUUCAGAAAAGUUAGAUUUGCCUGUUUCUCCAUUGAAUGAAUAUUCUAUUGAUGAUGGUCACUGGAAUACGAGUUUAGAUCAUGUGAAUGAUAAACCGCCGUCUGAGGAUCUGCAAUCUUCCUCAAUUUCCAAUGAUGUGUCUAAUGAUAGUAAGAUAGAUCAAACUAAUACUAAAGCAAACUCGCAAGUAGACUUGGGUCAGUCUACUCCAAUGAACGUUCCAAUGAACAAGGAAGUGAACAAAGAUCCCGCAGUUUCUAGUUCAGGAGAGCCAGUGACUACUGUUGGCGACAGUGCGGAUGUAUCCAACAGUAUCCUACCUUCUCAAGAAAGUGCAGAUGUAGCCAAUAGUGGCUUGCCUGCUCAAGAAAGUGCAGAUGCAUCCAAUAGUGGCUUGCCUGCUCAAGAAAGUGUAGAUAUAGCCAAUAGUGGCUUGCCUGCUCAAGAAAAUUCACAAAUUGAUUCGAAUUCAAGUAAAACUAUGCCAUUGGCAGGUUCCAAUUCUUCCAAUGAAACAGGUAAUAUUAGAAUGGAAGAACCUGCUUCUGUGGCUUCGAUCAACCAGUCUACUGUUGUAAGUACCGCAUCAAAUGAGACCUCUCCGUCUUCUGAUGAUUCCACAUCAACUGCUGUUCCAGCUUCCGUAGAGAAGCCAGAAAGCACAUCCUCUGCUGGUUGUGAUCUGUACCAUGGACAUUGGAUACAUGAUCCGUUGGGACCAUUAUACACAAACAAUUCAUGCCCUGUACUGACACAGAUGCAGAAUUGUCAGGGUAAUGGGAGGCCUGACAAGGAUUAUGAAAAUUGGCGAUGGAAGCCCUCUCAGUGUGACCUCCCACGGUUUGAUCCGAAAAAGUUUUUGGAGCUGAUGAGAGGGAAGACCUUGGCUUUCAUUGGAGAUUCAGUAGCCCGAAACCAGAUGGAAUCAAUGUUGUGUAUUCUGUGGCAGGUAGAGACACCGAAGAAUCGGGGAAAUCAUAAUAUGCAACGUUAUUAUUUUAGGUCCACUUCUUUUAUGAUUGUCAGGAUAUGGUCCUCGUGGCUUGUCAAACUAACAACCGAACCAUUUGAUUAUGCUCCAGCCGGUGUAGAUAAGCUCCAUCUUGAUGCCCCAGAUGAGAAGUUGAUGGAACACAUCCCAAACUUUGAUGUGGUGGUUCUUUCUUCUGGUCAUUGGUUUGCCAAGAAGUCUGUGUACAUUUUGAACAAUGAGAUAGUGGGAGGACAGUUGUGGUGGCCAGACAAGUCUCGGGAGAUGAAAGUUGACAGUGUUAAAGCUUAUGGUAUAUCUGUUGAAACAAUUCUAACGGCUAUUGCUACAAUUCCAAAUUACAAAGGGCUUACAAUUGUGCGUUCCUACUCACCUGACCAUUAUGAGGGUGGGGCAUGGAACACUGGUGGAUCAUGCACAGGGAAGGUUAAGCCUCUAGCACCUGGUGAAGGGGUGGAAAACUUGCACACAAACAUAAUGCAUGAGCAACAGGUGACAGGUUUUAAACGUGCUUUGGAAAAGUCAACAGAUGGAUCGAAGUUGAGGCUAAUGGAUAUCACUGAAGCCUUUCAGUUCAGGCAUGAUGGUCACCCUGGCCCCUACAGGAGUCCUGACCCAAAUAAGAUUACAAAACGUGGCCCUGAUGGAAGGCCACCACCACAGGAUUGCUUGCACUGGUGCAUGCCAGGCCCUGUUGAUACCUGGAAUGAACUUGUUUUUGAAAUUAUUAGGAGAGAAUUUGAAGGUGGAAGUGCAUCAUGAGAUUUGUUUAUUUUUUUUUACUAUUAAGCUCUGUGAUGUGCUUCUGCACUCGAGUCAAUAGGUUGCGACUUGUGUAGAAAUCUGACUGUCUUUUUGGAGGGAUAAAGGUAGUUGUACCACUUGAAUAUUUUCAUAGAAUAAUAUAAUAUAUUUAUUUGUUAUAGAUAA